AUUGUGUUCACUGUUAUUUGCUCUCCCUCCAAAAAUAGUAAAAAAAUGUCGGAUUACUUUCUUCCUGAAAUUUGGCGGAAUAUUCUUCAAAGGCUUCCUGUGGAGUUCCUCGUGCGAUGCACGUGCGUCUGCAAGCAAUGGUAUUCUCUAAUCACUAGCUCUCAUUUCAUCUCCACCCACUUAUCUUUCUCUCUGUCUCAACCUCCUCUCUCCCGUCCUCUCUCCUCCGACGCUUCAUCGAGUCGUCAAGAACUCAGCUUUUCUCUUUCCAUCUCGAUUCGUCUCCCCAUUCCCUCACUAAUUACAAGAAUGCCUUCACUUCACCAUUUAAGGCAAAAGACGGGCUCUUCAUUCGUAUCAUCGGUUGUCUCCAUGGCCUUCUUUGCCGCUCCGACGAUAUCUUCGGGAUGACCGGAGUUGUCAUCCUCUGGAACCCUCUCAUUUAAACGCUAUGUUUUACUCUCUCGACCCCGUAUCGUUUUUGACGAGGUCGGUCCCUACAUGUUUGUUCUAGGAUUUGGUUUCGAUUCGGUGAGAAAUGAUUAUAAGGUAGUGAGAGUUGCAUAUGUUCAAGGAAACAAACAGCCUGACGAGCUUCCACCGCUGGUCGAAGUUUACUCACUAAAAAGUGAUUCUUGGAAAGAGAUUAAAGCAGCUGGAGUGGAGUAUUGCAUGACCGAGCAUAGAUGGUCACAAUGCUUUAUGAAUGGCCGCAUCCAUUGGGUUGCAUAUGAGAAAACCGCGUGCCAUUUCAGUUCGAUUUUGUUGUUUGAUGUGGCUGAAGAGAAAUUCAAGAAAAUGAAAUUGCCAGAGAGUUUGGUACGAGUAUGUCCUAUGAAUAUAUUAAUUGCAGAUAUUGGGGGUUCUCUUGCGGUAUUGCAGUUUGAUAGGCAACAACAAGAUGUGAAUAUGCAGAAUUUGAAUAUGGAGGAUGUAAAUAUGGAGGAAGUGAUUAUGGGUAGAAUUUGUAAUGUGUGGAUAAGAAAAGAUUAUGGGUCUGCAAAUUCAUGGACUAGGAUGUAUACUGUCAGUGUUGAUGGAGGAGUACAAUUGGUUUUGGGGAUAAGAGCAAAUGGAGGGCUUUUAGUGUCGACAAGGAAGGGAUUGUUGGUUUCUUAUGACCCUAUUAGUCAAGAAACUAUUGAUCUUGGGAUUCAGGAAAUGGAAGAGGCAUUUUAUGCUCAACAUUAUACUGAGAGCCUUGUAUUGCUUGAUAAGGACAGCCAUUCGGCUUCUUAUGGAGGGGCUACGAAGACUAAGAAGAAGAGGAAAAAGAACCAGAGGUUUACUAACUCUUCACAGGAUAAAGAUGAAGAUCAGUCAUUGAUAUUGGUUUCAGAAUCUGAUAGCAACAAAUGGACAGGGGCACGAUCAGCAAGAUCUUCUUUGUAAGUACCUCUUCUACCAAUUUUGGUUCCUUUUAACAUAUAAUUCUAUGCUUUAAUGCAUACUUGAAUUUCCUAGCCUUCAACAGUAAUUGUGUUAAUCUGUUCUUUAUAUGUGAAAAGUUGAUUCAUCUAUGUAUGAAGAACAUUGAUACAAAAGGGUCUCUUGUGUGAUGGUUUCCGGAAUAUAGUUUGAAUGCUUCAUAUUACAUUAAUACUUUCGCAUUCUCCCUUAAUGUUUGAAAGUUAAAGAAAAGGAAAAACUUAAAUAGAUCUCAAUUUUCAAUAUUCGCCAAUUUUUUUUUAGAAAAGGUCAAAUGGAAGUGCAUUUUCCGCCGUUGGUAUUAUCAGAUGCUACAUAGCUCCAUCUUGGGACUGCUACCUCUAAUUGCUAUGUUUGUAUGACCCUUAUGAUCAUAUUGCUCCUUUUUGUUACUUUUGCUCAUAUAUAUAUAUUAUUCAUUUUUGGUUGAUCACCAAUACUGUUUCCUUAUACUACUCUGUUUCAUUACAAGUACUGUUUACAGUAAUUGCACAAGUAUUAAAAGUGUUACUCCCUCUGUCUCAAAAUAUAAGUGAUUUAAGGUUGUUGCACAAAGAUUAAGAAAACAAUUAAUUUUUCUAGAUUAUAACAAACACAAGGGUAAUUUGAUCAAAUUAUUUUUAUCUUAAAACCAAUAGUUACUUGUGAAAGUAUAUCAAAACCAAGGGUAAGUUGGAGUACUUUUUUUUU